CGGGUGGAAAUCCAAUGUCGAACAUCGACGACGAGCUCGAUGAGGCCAUGAUGGAGGACGAGAACGAAGGAGGCAUGACUCAAGAUGACGUGGAAGGAGAUGCGAGCAACAACGAUGACGUGGACAAGACGCAAUCUACCGAGAACUCAGACGAAGAUAAUGAAGCGAACGACGGAGACGGCGACAUUGACGAAGGGGACGACACCGGCGAUGACAACGACGACAGCGUCAAAGAUGAAGACGACGACGAGAACAACGAAGAAACUGAGAACUUGGCGAAGCUCAAGUUCAUCCAGAGUCUUCCAGAAGGAAAGAUGCGACAACACGAACAGUACCGGCGGUCACAUUUCGACAAGAUGGUCGUCAAGCGAUGCAUGAUGCAAGUGAUUGAGGAGAGCUCUGGAAACGAUCGGAAGGCCCCCAGCGUCCACAUGAACUUGUCGAUUGUCAUGUCUGGUCUGGCAAAGAAGUUUGUCGGUGAACUGACCGAAAAAGCACGGGAGCUUAUGGAGAAGAACGGAGAAUCGGGACCCAUUCGACCACACCACUUGAGGGAAGCUCAUCGAAAGUACUACAAGGCCCACCCCCUUGCGCGAGGACGCCAACGACGGCGCUUGCUAGCCUAAACUUGGCAGUCUCUGUAAUGGAGUUCGACCGGACCCGACUGGAGUUUUGCAGCGUGUGAAGAUGGACGAAAACUAGCACAGAUGCUGAUGGACGGAGUCGAGUACAUGACUCUGAUGUAUCCUCCGUUGGACCCUCUAGCGUAUGCGGGUAACUUGGUUUGUGUAUGGCGGCAGUCCCAGCGACGGACCCCA